AUGGGGUACCUGGGGUCUUCUGCUCUGGCAAUAGGGGCCUUUGCAGCGGUUCUGCUGGCCAUUAUAAUUGCGUUUCACGAUUUGGCUCUUGAAAAACUCAGAAAGUACUGCACCCCAACGGCCCAAGAAGCAGAGUGGGCUGCUGCUUAUGUUGAAAUUGAUGAAGAAGACGUUGACGUCCUCGACUAUGGGGAAGAACGACUCGGGGCGUGUACGUUGUUGUAUGUGUAUGUGUGUGUUGGGGUAUGGUGGUGUCGGGGGGUGAGUGGGUGGGGCGCAGAGAGUUUCCUGGAGGAACCCGAAGGUCAUUUGCUCACGGGCCUGUGGGACGGUCGCAUC